ACAACAUACGCUCUCCUGGUGGAAGAGGCUUAUGAUCAAUUUGUCCACGCUGUUACAGCAGCAGUUUCACAAUCCGCAACUCCUACAAUCAGAAUGGAGCACCAGUGUUAUCAAGUAAAUUCCAGUGUUUCUCAGCUGUUUCCUGUCGUGAGCUUCAAUUUUAAGGGUGGUGCUUCUCUAGUACUAACACCAGAGCAGUACCUUGUCCAAUCUGCUUGGGAUGUAGCUGGCAUGUGGUGCCUAGGUUUUUGGAAGAAUCCAAGACUGACAGUUUUAGGAGAUCUUGUUCUCAAAGACAGAAUCUUCGUGUACGAUCUGGUCCACCAGCAAAUUGGGUGGGCCAACUACAACUGUGCAUCGACAGCAAAUGUGUCAAUUUCUAGAGAGUACUUCGUCAAUCCAGCACAGUGGAGCUCGAGGAGUUGGUUGCCUCUAGCCAUCAACUCUGUCUUCUUGUUUGUUACUUGGUUGAGAUAGUUUAGAGUCUUAGGUCUAGUUAUCAUUGUACGAAAAACACAUUAUGU